AUGUGCUUGGCUUGUAGGCAGUUACGACCUGUUGGUGCGGGAUACUUCCAAGCAGGCACGAAUCUGAGUGUAGCGGAUGAGUGGAGAGAGCGGAUGGAAGAUUUGUUCCAGUCGCUUCGGUGUCCCGACCAGUAUUGGGAGCUGAACGCAGAGUUCAGUCGGCUUGUGGUGUAUACAGGUCGGGCUUUGGAAUCAGAGUCGACUCAGGAAAAGUAUGCUCUUGAAGUGCUGAAGCAUUUCAACAUGGAGAAGUGCAAUGUAGUCUACAAUCCAAUGGUGCCUAGAAGUAAACUUGAUGUGGAUGAAGAAGGAGAGAAGGUAGAUGAUACUCUCUACAAACAGAUAAUUGGAAGUCUCAUGUAUCUCACCACCACGAGACCUAAUAUGCAAUUCACUAUAAGUCUUUUAAGUCGGUACAUGGCUAAGCCUACUCAAUUACAUCUGCAAGCAGCUAAGAGAGUACUGAGAAACUUGAGAGGUACUAUGGAUUAUGGAAUUUGGUACAAACAGGAAGGAACUGGAGAGGUUUGGGUUUACACUGCUAGUAAUUUUGCUGGAGAUGCCGACAGUAGAAAGAGCACAUCAGAUGAAGCAGUUGUUGCUUGGUUGUCAAAGAAACAACCUAUCAUUACACUCUUUACAACUGAAGCAGAGUAUGUAACAACAUCAGUAUGUGCGUGCCAAGCUAUUUGGUUCAAGAGGGUCUUUAAGGAAGUGGAAUAUGGAGAAGAAAGCACUAUCAUCAUGUAUGAAAACACGUCGACGAUCAAGUUAUCGAAAUAUCCAGUCUUUUAUUGA